GGGCUGGGCACCUGUGGGUUCCCACCACCCCACCCAUUCCCGACCUAGCAACCUCUUUCCCACCCACCCAUCUCCCUGGGUGGAAUCUUGGGCCCCAGGCGAGCCGACUGGGCGGCCAGCGCUCCACUCCGCCGGCUGGUCUGUUUGAGGGUUGCCCCGACGACAGCCACUUCCGGGAGCAGGGCUCGGCGAAUCCGGCUCGGCGGGUGCGGACGGGCCCCGGAGGCCCUCCCGGACUGCGUGGAUCGUUGCUCGGCAGCACCUGCUCCCAGGAGUGGAGGGCGGGGUCUCCGCGCACCAUAGCUUCCGCAGCCUCGGAGUCUGACUUUGAGCGGCGGCCCUCAGACUGUUUCUUUGUUGCUCCUGGCAACAGCCACUUCCGGGAGCGAGUGCAGUUCCCCCAGCAGCGCGAGCCCCGGAGCCCCGGGUUCCCGCCUCCUAGCGGCAGUUAGUCGGUUGGUCGUCGCUGUUCGGCGCUCAUCCCGGGCCUUCUCGCCGCCUCGGCGGGACCUCCGGAGCCACCAUGGUUCUGCUGCACGUGAAGCGGGGCGACGAGAGCCAGUUCCUGCUGCAGGCGCCGGGGAGCACGGAGCUGGAGGAGCUCACGGUGCAGGUGGCCCGGAUCUACAACGCGCGGCUCAAGGUGCAGCGCGUCUGCUCAGAAAUGGAAGAAUUAGCAGAACAUGGCGUAUUUCUCCCUCCCAAUAUGCAAGGACUGACUGAUGACCAGAUUGAAGAUUUGAAAUUAAAGGAUGAAUGGGGUGAAAAGUGUGUCCCCAGUGCGGGUUCAGUGUUUAAAAAGGAUGAUAUUGGACGAAGGAAUGGACAAGCUCCAAAUGAAAAGAUGAAGCAAGUUUUAAAGAAGACUAUAGAAGAAGCCAAAGCAAUAAUAUCUAAGAAACACGUGGAAGCCAAUGUCUGCGUUACCAUGGAGAUGGUGAAGGACGCCUUGGACCAGCUUCGAGGUGCAGUGAUGAUUGUUUAUCCCAUGGGGUUGCCGCCAUACGAUCCUAUCCGGAUGGAAUUUGAAAAUAAAGAAGAUCUGUCGGGGAGUCAGGCAGCACUCAGUGUCAUCACAGAAUCAGAGGCACAGUUGUGGUGGGCAGCGAAGGAGCUAAGACGAACCAAGAAGCUUUCGGACUACGUGGGAAAGAAUGAAAAAACCAAAAUUAUUGUCAAGAUUCAGCGGGGUCCCCCCCACGAUUAUCUCUACCCCUCCCUCACUGGACCUGCAGUGGCUGACUUGGGAAUGGCUGGGACCGACACGGCAUCACCCAGCCUCCACCGUGAGGGCCCAGGGCCAGAGCGAGACUCCCCUCGUGCUUCCCUGCGGAUGAUCAGAAACGCACGACCUGUUUAUCUUUAGCAGUCGGCAAAGGCAAUUGUAAGGCGUGAGCUGUAACUUCCUGGGUCGUCCUUCUAAGAACGCCUCAGUCCG